CAGGCUUUAGUUUUAGUAGAGGAAAAGACAGCUACUAGUUAGAGUCAGAUUUCAAGUUCCUAUCUAUUUGUACCAAUACCACUACCAGAUUUUCCUUUGCUGUCAACUUUUGCAAUCUUCUCUAAGGACACUUUGGUGUCUGAUAAUCUACACAAGUGCCACUGGAUAUCUCCCUCAGAGAAUCUGUCUUCUGUCUUGGCCAAGUCUCUUGUCUACAGAGAUUUGUUUUUGGAAACAUUUCCCUGGGACCUAAUUGAACGUAACACGUUCGGUCAUACUUCCUACUAUGGAGGUGAAGAACUUUGCAGUUUGGGAUUAUGUCGUCUUUGCAGCCCUGUUUGUCAUUUCCUCUGGAAUUGGUGUGUUCUUUGCUAUUAAGGAGAGAAAAAAGGCCACUUCCCGGGAGUUUCUGGUUGGAGGAAGGCAAAUGAGUUUUGGCCCCGUUGCAUUGUCUCUGACAGCUAGCUUCAUGUCAGCUGUCACAGUCCUAGGGGCUCCAUCUGAAGUCUACCGCUUUGGGGCAUCCUUUGUGCUUUUUUUCAUUGCAUAUGCAUUUGUCAUCAUAUUCACCUCAGAGCUCUUUCUCCCAGUGUUCUACAGAUCUGGCAUCACAAGCACUUAUGAGUACUUACAACUAAGGUUCAACAAGCCAGUUCGCUAUGCGGCAACAGUUAUCUACAUCCUGCAGACGAUUCUCUACACAGGAGUGGUGGUGUAUGCUCCUGCUUUGGCACUUAACCAAGUGACUGGGUUUGAUCUCUGGGGCUCUGUGUUUGCAACAGGAAUUGUUUGCACAUUCUACUGUACUCUGGGAGGACUAAAAGCAGUGGUGUGGACAGAUGCAUUUCAGAUGGUUGUUAUGAUCUUGGGCUUCUUAACUGUUCUAAUUCAAGGAUCAGCUCAUGCUGGUGGAUUUCACAGUGUUUUAGAACAAUCAACAAAUGGAUCUCGACUAAACAUAUUUGAUUUUGAUAUAGACCCUCUCAGGAGACACACUUUUUGGACAAUCUCAGUGGGGGGAACUUUUACAUGGCUUGGGAUCUAUGGAGUGAAUCAGUCAACAAUCCAACGAUGCAUCUCUUGCAAAACAGAAAAGCAUGCCAAACUAGCUCUGUACUUUAACUUGUUGGGUCUCUGGAUCAUUUUGGUUUGUGCAGUCUUCUCAGGCUUAAUUAUGUACUCCCACUUCAAGAACUGUGACCCCUGGACUUCUGGCAUUAUAUCUGCACCAGACCAGCUGAUGCCUUAUUUUGUCAUGGAGAUAUUUUCCACAAUGCCAGGACUUCCAGGACUCUUUGUGGCUUGUGCCUUCAGUGGUACUCUGAGCACCGUGGCUGCCAGCAUCAAUGCCUUAGCAACAGUGACUUUUGAGGAUUUUGUAAAGAGCUGUUUUCCCCAUCUCUCCGACAAGCUGAGCACCUGGAUCAGUAAAGGCUUAUGUCUCCUGUUUGGUGUUAUGUGUACCUCCAUGGCUGUGGCUGCAUCCCUCAUGGGAGGUGUUGUACAGGCUGCUCUCAGUAUCCAUGGCAUGUGUGGAGGACCAAUGUUGGGGUUAUUCUCUUUGGGAAUUAUGUUCCCUUUUGUGAACUGGAAGGGUGCUCUCGGAGGCCUUCUGACUGGAAUUACCUUGUCAUUUUGGGUGGCCAUUGGGGCCUUUAUUUACCCUGCACCAGCCUCCAAGACAUGGCCCUUGCCUUUAUCAACAAAACAGUGUGUCUCAUCAAAUGUGACAGAAUCAGUGCCACCAGUGCUAUCCAGCAGGCCUGCAAUUGCUGACACCUGGUAUUCACUCUCCUACCUUUACUACAGUGCUGUGGGAUGCGUAGGAUGCAUUGCUUCUGGAAUAGUCAUCAGCUACAUAACAGGUUACCAAAGUGGGAAGGACAUUAAACCACUGUUAAUUAGACCAGUUUGCAAUUUAUUUUGCUUUUGGUCUAAGAAAUACAAAACACUGUGCUGGUGUGGAGUUCAGCAUGACAGUGGGAUAGAACAGGAAAACCUUGAGCAUGGUGAUCCCUGGAAAAAAGGGGCUGAAUCUGUUUUACAGAAUGGACUCCGGAGAGAAAGCAUGGCCCAUGUUCCAGGCAAUGAUUCCAAGGACAAAAGCUACAAUAGUAUGACAUUAGAGAAGGUUACCCUGUUCUAAGAACACAUAUGUGAUGCACUUUUGCGAACAUACACAUGCAUAAUACAAUCCACGUACUUCAGCCUAUUGGUUAGUAGAACUCAUAUAGUUGCACUGAUAGAAGACAAGGAUAUAUCAUGUUAAUUUCUGCUUAUUUAUAAUGAUAAGUUAAAUGACUGUUCAUUAGUAUAUUCAUUGUGAAAUCCUAACAGACAAGAAAAAAAAAAAGACAAGCCUUACAUCCUC